CCGCCCGGCUCUGUCCUGCAUCUGUCCCGCAACUGUCCUGCCAGUCGCAUCCAGCCGUCCCGCGCUCCUGUCUCCAGCCAUGUUCUUCAGAGCCCCCGCCUUUGCUCGCCAGUUCUCGCGCCAGCUCUCGACUCGGUCGGCUGCCGUUUUCCAGGCCGCAUCUCCCAGCAAGCUUCGAUGGCUGGCCGCUACCGUCUGCGUCGGCGGUGCCCUGGCUGGCGCUGCUGCUCUGCAGGUCGGUCCCAGCAAUGCGAUCAUGGCCGAUGCCCCCAAGGCCGCCCCCACCAAGACCGCGGCCGGCGUCAAGGGCGGCAUCGAACGCACCUUUAUCGCCGUGAAGCCCGAUGGCACCCAGCGCGGUCUUGUUGGCGACAUCAUCUCGCGCUUUGAGCGAAAGGGCUACAAGCUCGUUGCCAUCAAGGCCAUUGUGCCUUCCGCCAAGCUCGCUGAGGAGCACUACGAGGACCUCAAGAGCCGUCCUUUCUUCAAGGGAUUGGUCGACUACAUGACUGGCGGCAAGGCUCCCGUCAUCGCCAUGGUUUGGGAAGGCAAGGAUGUCAUUCGUCAGGGUCGCCGUCUCAUCGGUGCCACUAACCCCCUCGAGGCUGCUCCCGGAACCAUCCGUGGCGACUACUGCAUCAUGGUCGGCCGCAACAUCAUCCACGGCUCGGACUCGUUUGAGUCUGCCACCAAGGAGAUUUCCCUCUGGUUCGGCAAGAGCGAGGUGUACGACUGGGAGUUCGCCAACGCUGAGUGGGUUACUGCCGACAACUAAGCCGUGUCACUGCUCCACAAGCCGAUACAUUGUCCCUCUACUUCUCUCGUGGAGCUCGGCAUCCGUUCGUGUCUAGCAGGAUGGAUGUAUUGACGAUGUAUCGAGGGAAUAAAGCGACGCCCCGCGAUUGCGAUUGCGAUUGCGAUU